GACCACUUGAAAGUCUGCUCACAAGGCUACACAUGCUGCUCUCAAGAGAUGGAGGAGAAGUACAGUCAGCAGAGUAAACAUGACUUCAGAAACGCCGUCGUGGAGCUUAGCAAUCACCUACAAACCAUGUUUAGUUCCCGAUAUAAGAAGUUUGAUGAGUUCUUCAAAGAACUUCUCGAAAACGCUGAGAAGUCGCUGAACGACAUGUUUGUGCGGACAUACGGCCGUUUGUACAUGCAGAACUCGGAGCUGUUCAAGGACCUCUUCGUGGAGCUGAAGCGGUACUACGUGGGUGGCAAUGUCAACCUGGAGGAGAUGCUCAAUGAGUUCUGGGCGCGCUUGCUGGAGCGCAUGUUCCGGUUGGUCAACCCCCAGUACCACUUCACGGACGAGUACCUCGAGUGUGUCAGCAAGUACACCGAGCAGCUGAAGCCCUUCGGGGACGUGCCGCGGAAGCUCAAGCUACAAGUGACACGAGCGUUCGUGGCCGCCCGCACCUUCGCGCAGGGCCUCGCCGUCGCAAGGGACGUCGUGAGCAAAGUGUCUGCGGUGAACCCCACACCGCAGGGUACGCGAGCGCUGCUGAAAAUGAUGUACUGCCCGUACUGCCGAGGGCUGGUGUCGGUGAAGCCCUGCUACAACUACUGCUUUAACGUCAUGAGGGGCUGCUUGGCCAACCAAGGGGACUUGGAUGCCGAGUGGAACAUCUUUAUUGAUUCGAUGCUGCUGGUAGCAGAGAGGUUGGAGGGUCCCUUCAACAUCGAGUCAGUCAUGGAUCCCAUCGAUGUAAAAAUUUCGGAUGCCAUCAUGAACAUGCAGGAGAACAGCAUGCAGGUGUCUCAGAAGGUUUUCCAGGGAUGCGGCCAGCCAAAAACGCUUGCUCAGGGCCGGGCUGCUCGCUCUGUCUCCGAAAGUGGUUUCAGCGCUCGUUUCAGACCCUACAACCCCGAGGAGCGGCCGACGACAGCCGCCGGCACGAGCUUGGACCGGCUGGUUACUGAUGUGAAAGAGAAGCUGAAGCAAGCCAAAAAAUUUUGGUCAUCUCUCCCUGGCAACAUCUGCAACGAUGAAAAGAUGUCUGUGGGCACUGUCGAUGAGAACGAGUGCUGGAAUGGGAGCGCCAAGAGCAGGUACGACUUUGCAGUGACUGGGAACGGCUUGGCAAGCCAAGUGAAUAACCCGGAGGUGGAAGUGGAUAUUACCAAGCCAGACAUGGUGAUUCGCCGGCAAAUCAUGGCUCUGCGGGUGAUGACCAACAAGCUGAAGAACGCCUACAGUGGGAACGAUGUCGACUUCAUCGACAUAAGUGAGGAGAGCAGCGGGGAGGAGAGCGGCAGCGGCUGCGAGCUCCAGCAGUGCUCCCCGGAGUUCGAGUUCAACGCCACCGAGGUCACCGGCAGCUCCAACAAGAGCGAUAAGAGCCUCAACACUUCUGCCGCUGCCACCAGGAGCGGCUCAUCACAAGCAGCCUUGCUCCUUAGCCUUUUGUUCUUGGCCAUGCAAAGACAAUGGAGAUAA